AUGAAGGCCAAUUUCAGAUGUAGAUCUACGGAGACUUGUCCCGGAGUCACUGAGACAUGCAUUCAGCAAACAGUAUCAAAGAUUCAAGAGAACUGCCGGUUGUCAUCCGUCUUUUAUAAUAAAAAUGAGAACUGUGUUAUAUCGAGUGCGCCAAGAAUUGUCAUGUUCCCUCUUGACAUGAGGUAAUCAAUAUCGAAUUGUUUUUAUACAAAAAGUUACUAUUCUAUUUAAUCUGACUGAACAAGUCCACAAAGGGAAAGACAGGACAUUGACGCAUUGACAUCAAGUAUAUUGUCAUGCCGGCUUUUUCAAUUUUGAAUUUCAAAGUAUUUCCUCCCUACUUCGGCGAUCAAUUUAUUCCUGUCGGCUUCGAAAGUAAAAACUAUAUUGCUAAAGAAAGGAAUGAUGUAUAAACAGUGCAGGAGUAAAGGGUAUUAUUAGAAAAAGGAUCCGGAAUGGUCUUAAUUGAAAAUUGAAUACCGCCGUCAUGGAAAACAAUCACAUAAAUUAUAAGUUAAGUAUUGCGCCAUACGAACGAUGGGCUUUUAAAGUCCCUACAACACAAAAACCGAGAGAUUUAUACUAGAUAUUCUCGCCACUCGUGAUCAACUUAUAAUGGGCGUUAUCUUUUUCCUUUUUAUUGUUAACUUUUGCUCACUGUGAGUCAAAAUAAAUAAUACAUACACCAGAUUCAAUCACGAUUUUUAAUUUGUCUUACAACUCCCUCUCCCCAGGUAACUAAAAUAGCUUUUUAUUGAAUCAUAAAAGGCAGCAUAUGUAUUUUGUGGCUGUCUUUGUGGCUGUCUUUACUGUAAUUAAAUUACCAAUUCAAGAGUUUAAUUAUAGUACUGCCACUUUCUGAGUCAGAUUUCUUUCAGCUACGAAAUCAUAAAAAAAUUAGAACUCUUCGAAAGGGCUUGGACUGAAUUUGUGGAGGAUACAGGUAAGUUUCUUCUCUAGUCUCAGAGCAAAUCGUGCGAAAGAUCCCAUGACUUGUCAUUACUUUUUAAAUAAAAAGGCAAUAAAGAAAAUGUUGCUUAUAAUUCAUUUCCUUUAUACUUAAUUUUUUUCUGUUACAGAGAAAAUUCUUCAAAAUCAAAAACGAAAAUGAACCAGUCUGCCAAGAACGCAACAAUUACUUUGCCUGUGGCUUCACAAGACUCUCUUCUUCCGUGGUUCAUCACAUUUGGAGUGGAAGCGUUCGUUAUCUUUGUUGGAAACCUGGUAACAAUUUUAGCAUUUGGCACAAAAAAGUCUGCUAAAAAGGGCAAAUUUUUACUACUUAUUAAUCUUGCAAUCGCGGAUCUGUUGGUGGGAACUAUCCCCUUGCCACUGUAUUUAGUUUAUCUAGGAGGGGAAUUGACAUACUGGAAGAUUCGUUGGGCGCAAUGGUUGGAUAUAACCCUGUUUGGUAUAGAUAUUUUGCUGGGAUUUGCAUCCAUUAUGACAUUAACAGUGAUAUCUCUUGAACGUAUGUAUGCUGCAGUGGUUCCCGUGGGCUACCGCAGUCUUAAUCCACGACAUUAUUGGUUUUCCAUCGCUGUUAUCUGGUUUGUAGCUGCGUCUACUGCGGCGGCCUGUUUGGCAAGCAAUUAUGUGCUUAAAUCACUGGAAAUUGCGACAUAUGUCUCCAUGACAUUACUGAGCGUGCUUUGUACUGUGAUCAGUGUAUCAUACAUUACCAUAUGGCAGAGAAUUAAAUCUAAAAGAAGGAACAUGCGAAAGAAAACAAAUGAGUAUGAAAACAAACUCGCAUUAACAUUGUUUAUAGUAACAGUUACGUCUCUGGCUGCUUGGCUUCCAUUUGUAGUUGUCAACGUUCUGUAUGUAUUUUCUGUCGUCAAAAUGAGCUUCAGUUUUGUCUACUUCACCAAGGUCCUUCACUAUGGCAACUCGUUUGUUAAUCCAAUCGUGUACACCUUAAGAAUACCAGAGUUUCGCCAAUCUGUUAUCAAGAUGUUCAGUGCUCGCGUGAGUCACAGAAAACUUCCUUCUUUUCACCAACCUUCUAAUCUUGACACAGUCACUGAAAUAGGACCUGGUACUUCCCAAUCAAAUAAAAGUACUAGGACGGGAGCUACCUUUAAAAACACUAUGGUCAUGUGGAAAAAAUCUGCUGAAUAUCGCGAAAUUUCUGUUCUGCUUGCGGAAGGCAAUGGAAACUCCAUAACUGACCAGUGCGUUCAUGAUUAA